CCGGACCCGCGGCUCGUCAAGUCGUGCCUCACGUCAAAAGAGGGAAAUACAUACACGUUUUUACACCACAGGAAAUCUGAGUGAAGCUACAGAGGGGAGAAGUUUAGGAGGAGACGCUGCGAACGCUGGAUUUGGUUCUGUUACAUGUCACUAGUGUACACGGAUUAAUCUGGAUGGAUUUCUGAAUUUCUGACGAUAUAUAAAGGUCACAUCGGUUCCCGUGGACAUGACCGGGUUGUUUGUUUGAGUCUCCACCAGCCUGGAUAGUUAAGUGAGGAUGAUGAGGACAGUCGCCCCGAGGAGGAAGGCGCAGCAGGUGCUGCUGUGCGUGCUGCUGAUGUGCGCGCGCCAACUGUGCAGAGCUCAGACUCAAGGAGUGGCCUUUUGUGACGGCACACAGAACAGUCUGAGCAUGACAGGAAACACCGAGAAUCAGUACAACCUGAUGAAGGACAUGUACACCGGCUGUGAGAUCGUGAUGGGGAACCUUGAGAUCACCAUGAUGGAGCACACCAGAGACUUCUCCUUCCUGCAGUCUAUCAGAGAGGUGACGGGCUACAUCUUGUUCGCCGUCAAUGAGUUCAGCCGCCUGCCUCUGGACCAGCUGCGUAUCAUCAGAGGCACCAUGCUCUAUGAGAACAAGUACGCCUUGGCUGUGAUGGUCAACUACCAGAAGGAUGGACAGUAUGGCCUCCAGGAACUGGGCCUGACACACCUCACAGAGAUACUGGAGGGAGGAGUCAAGAUCAUCCAGAACAAGUACCUGAGCUACGCUCCGCAGGUGAACUGGUUGGACAUAGUGAAGGACGGAACGGCUCCAAUUACGAUUGAGGGAAACGGGCUUAAAAGAGAUUGUGACCAGACGUGUGGAAACGUGCCAUGUUGGGGUCCAGGAAAUGACAGCUGUCAGAUCUUGACAAAGUCGGUGUGCGCCCCUCAGUGCAACGGCAGAUGCUUUGGUAUAAACCCCAGCGAGUGUUGUCACAUAGAGUGUGCUGGUGGCUGCACUGGACCCUUGGAUGCAAACUGCUUUGCGUGCAGGAACUUCAACAACUCGGGCUCUUGUGUGCCGCAGUGUCCUCAGACCCUUAUCUACAACAAGCACACAUUCAAACUGGAGCCUAACCCCAAUGCCAAGUACCAGUAUGGCUCCAUCUGUGUGCCGCAGUGCCCCACUAACUUUGUUGUGGAUGGCAGCUCCUGUGUGAGUAACUGUCCAUCUGACAAAAUGGAGGUGGACAAGAAUGGAGUGAAAAGGUGUGAGCCCUGUGGAGGCCUCUGUCCCAAAGCUUGUCUUGGCACAGGAAGUCUAACCAGACAAACUGUCGAUGCUCUCAACAUCGACAGUUUCAUUAACUGCACAAAGAUACAAGGCAGUCUGCACUUCCUGGUGACUGGAAUCAAAGGUGAUGAAUACAAUGGCGUACCAGCCCUCGAUCCAGAAAAACUGAAAAUAUUCAACACAGUGCGGGAGAUUACAGAUUUCCUCUGUAUCCAGUCUUGGCCUACAAACGUGUCUGACCUGUCCGUUUUCUCUAACCUCCAAACAAUUCAAGGCAGAACCCUUUACAAAGGAGGAAGCUCUCGAAGGAGUUACUCUCUCCUGGUGAUGAAGAUCUCCUCUUUGACCUCUCUGGGGUUACGCUCACUACGGAAAAUAAACGACGGCGGUGUCUAUAUCACCGGGAACAAGAAGCUGUGCUACCAUGACACGGUCAACUGGACGCGUAUCUUCAGCAGUGGUUCGCGGCGGCGCCAGAAGCCCAUUGACAUCAAGGAGAACCAGCUGAGAAGCCAGUGUGUGAGUGAGGGCCACAUGUGCGACCCCCUAUGCUCUCCUGAAGGCUGCUGGGGUCCAGGGCCAAACCAGUGCCUGUCCUGUAAGAAAUACAGCAGGGGACGCACGUGCGUGCCGGACUGCAUGUUCUUAACUGGGGAGAGGCGUGAGUUUGCUUCUCAGUCAGGGGAGUGUUUGCCCUGUCACCCUGAGUGUAAGGUCCAGGAGGGGAAGGAGACCUGCACAGGCCCGGGAGCAGACCAGUGUGUUGCAUGUGCCAGGUUGCAGGACGGUCCACACUGUGUCUCCUCUUGUCCUGAGGGCGUGAUGGGAGGGGAGGAAGUCAUCUUUAAAUACCACAACAAGCAAGGCCACUGUGAAUCAUGCCAUGUCAACUGUACCCAAGGAUGCUUUGGUCCUGGAAUUGGAGACUGUGGGGUGUCUGAGCGGUAUAUUUCUGGACAAGAGACCACAGCCAUUGCCCUGGGAGUGAUUGCCCUCCUCUUCGUCUCAUUCUCCGUCUUUGUGCUGACUGUUUUGUACCGCAGAGGUAUCGCCAUUCGUCGUAAGCGAGCAAUGAGGAGGUACAUGGAGAGUGGAGAGAGUUUUGAGCCGUUGGAGCCUGGAGAGAAAGGAGCUAAAGUCUGUACUCGGACCCUGAAGCCCUCAGAGCUCCGUAAGAUCAAGCUGCUGGGUAAUGGAGUGUUUGGAUCGGUCCAUAAGGGUAUUUGGAUUCCUGAGGGCGACACAGUGAAGCUUCCUGUGGCCAUCAAGACAAUCCAUGAUCGCACUGGUCGGCAGACGUUCUAUGAGAUGACAGAUCACAUGGCAGUGAUGGGAAGUUUGGACCACAUUAAUGUGGUCAGGAUCCUGGGUAUAUGUCCUGGAGCCAGCCUGCAGCUUGUCACCCAGCUCAGCAGCCAAGGCUCCUUGCUGGAGCAUGUCAGAAACUGCAAGAAGAACCUCAGCCCGCAGAGGCUGCUCAACUGGUGUGUUCAAAUCGCCAAGGGCAUGUAUUACCUGGAGGAGAACAGGAUGGUCCACAGGAACCUGGCUGCUAGAAAUGUGCUCCUGAAGAGCAAUUACACCGUCCAGAUCUCCGACUACGGCAUCCCAGACCUGCUUUCUCCUGAUGACAAGAAGUACUUUUACAAUGAGGUUAAGACACCAAUCAAGUGGAUGGCCUUGGAGAGCAUCUUGUUUCGUAGAUACACACACCAGAGUGAUGUCUGGAGUUACGGUGUGACAAUAUGGGAAAUUAUGUCCUACGGAGCAGAGCCGUACUCAACAAUGCGUCCACAAGCGGUUCCUGAUCUCCUGGAAAAGGGCGAGCGUCUCUCUCAGCCUCAAAUUUGCACCAUCGAUGUCUACAUGGUCAUGGUCAAAUGUUGGAUGAUUGAUGAAAAUGUACGUCCAACAUUCAAAGAGCUGGCGAAUGAAUUUACCAGGAUGGCCAGAGACCCGCCUCGCUACCUAGUGGUCAAAGAGGACUGCAGCCAACAGGAUUCUCCCGUGGAUGAAGUUGCCCAGCGGAGUGCAGACCUGGAUGAUCUGGAUGAUCUGGAUGAUCUCGACCUUGACCUGAAGAAUCAGGAGGCAGAGGAUUUUGAAGAUGGAAUGACUCUAGCAUCCCACUAUAUGUCUCCAUCUAAAGGCUUCAGUCACGUCUCCAGGAAUGAUAUUCACAGAGUGGUUCCAAAUCCAUCAAGUGUAGCUGGAUAUCUACCUAUGACUCCAGGGUUUGACAACCCAGCACAGGCUAUGUGGCAGUCACGCUCUCGCCUCAACUCAGCCCGCACUGUGUCAGAGAGUUCAGAGGGCUGCAGCAUAGCAGUAGAGCUAGAGAUGAAUGAGGACUUUCUUCUGCCUGGGAGCCUCAAACGGCGUCACCGUGAGGACAGCGCUUACAUGUCACAGAGGGACAGCAUAUCUGGCGGUCCACCAGAGACGCCUUCGCCAGAAAUUGAGGAGGAGGACCAAAAUGGAUAUGUGCUUCCUGGAGACAGCCCAGAGAGAGAUACCCUACUUUGUUCCUCUCAAGCCCCACCCGGCAGAAUGGGGAGAUCUCAUUUAUCAAGUGUCUGCGAUGACCCAGAUGAUGAAGAAUAUGAGUAUAUGAACAAGCAGGCACCUGCGUUGAACAGGCACAAUAAUCAGUGGCUGAAAGCAAACACAAAAAGAACCUCCUCGAGAUUGGUGACAGCAUGCUCAGGUGAUACCAGAAGCAAGGACAAUUCUGAUUCAGAGCAGCAGGAGUCUAACCAAGUUGAAUAUGAAUACAUGGACAUCAGAGGUGGUGACAGAGAUGAGAGCCCUCCGGCGCUUGAGCCUCCUCCUCCUCCAAUGCCUGCAAAGCUUGGAGGACAUGUGGAGGAGGAGGAGGAGGAGGAGGAGGAUGAAUAUGUGGAGGACAGCAACUAUCAUUACACAAACAGGCAACCUAAGCUGCGGCAAGCUCUUCAAGACAGGAGGGAGCUGAAAAUACAGGGAAGGGAUGACGUUGAGGCAUAUGAAUAUGAGGACAUGGACUGCUUUAAUGCCGUGGUGCCUGAAGAUGCAGUAGUGUACCAGAACAUGCAGAGAGGGGGAAAGGGAGCAGAGGUACACCGAUCUGGAUCUGGAUUUGAACCGUAUGUAAAAGUACGAGCUGGAGUGAGAGUUGGAGAACCUGCAGCUGGUGACAGGUCUUUUGACAAUCCAGACUACUGGCACAGCAGAAUUUUCCUCAAGCCCAAAGCAGUGCCUACAUGAGGAACAUUUGCAGUCUCAUGAGCUUUGCUCUGAGAUGUAUUCAUGAAGGACCUGAAGCAGAAAAUGGUAACAGAAGCCAUGCCUUUAUUGUAGCCUAAGACACCAAAUACUCGGCCCAACACAUUUGAGAUUUGUUGUCUGUUACAGAUUUACAGUCUGGCUUGUUAGUAGGCUGUUGAUUUGGGACAUUUCCAGAAAUAAUGGCACUGACUGUUGAAGACACGAGCCUCGAGAAAUUAACAGAAUACAAGCUAUAUUUUUUUUGUUUACAUUUAUAAAUGAACAAAGCAUGUUUCUGAGAACAAGUACAUUUGUUUUCAGUUACCUUUAUCCUCUGAGACCUCUGUGUGUGAUUAUAUUUGAUGUACAUUUUCUACAUAAUAAAAAUACUUUUUGAGACUAUAACUUUUAA